AUGAGCCAAGUGGAGCUGUUCUGGGCUGCGGCCUCGCUGAUGCUGCUGGGGGCUCUUGUGAGCAUGUGCAUGAAGUGUCAGCGUUCUGCUACUAAACAGGAAAAGAAGCUGUGCAAGCAGAGGACACUGCAUGAAAACCAGCCGGGGUUUCAGGUGAUACGAUCCUAUUCAAUUGCCGUGACAAGGCAAGAUGAAAUUAAAUUGCCAGACAACAUCCCAGUAACAAGGAAAACCAAUAAGCGACUGCAGGCCGCAGAUAUUGAUGGUGACGAUGCUGAGCCCAGAUAUCAAAAUUUCAUGAGAGAAGAUAACCAGGAAUUGGAUGCUGCCUAUGUCAACCCUAUUGCUUCAGAUUACUUCAACUGUGGGACGUUCUUGAGACCAGCAAAUGAAAAGGAAGAGGAUUCCUGUUCCUAUCAAAAUGUUGUGAUUGGGACAUCCAAUAGUGCUGAGUCUGAUGACGUGGACGACUAUGAGAACAGCGCCUCUAUAAAGAUAUGGAAACAAUCAAAUAUAUCAGAAAGCCCAGAUGAUUAUCCAGAUUACGUUAACUCAGACGUUGCAGCUGUGCCAAACUAAAGGUAUCUUCCCUACAACUGAAAAAAAAGCUGUUGCAAAGCUGCAGAAGCUUAUGUUUCAUUUUGAAGACUGC